AGUCCGGACUACGAGCAUGAUUUACGGCCACACUCUGUUGCGCCUUCCAGGAUACUCGGGAUAAAAAAUGGCAACGGCAACUUCAGCUUUCAGUCUUUUUUAGAAAAAGUGGCGUUGGGGGCUUGUUUUUCUUUUUCUUUUUAUAAUUUAACUCCUUGCUGUGAGCGGUAAUUAAAAGAAACGAAGAAGAAGAACGAAGAAGUUGGACCGUCCUUUUCGGAGGGUGAUUGGUUGUGACCCCAGACCAUGGCCUACACUCUAGGCUCAGCCACAGAGGGUCAAACGCGCAGUGUUGUACCUCAGCAUUGCGUCACUCGGGUGGAGCUGUCCGUCACCGCAUCCAGCCUGCUGGACCGAGAUGUAGCCUCCAAGUCAGACCCCUUCUGCGUUCUCUUCCAUGAAGUGGAUGGGAACUGGGUGGAGCUGGGCCGCACUGAGACAGCUGUGAACAACUUGAACCCAGUGUUUGGAGUGAAGUUUCAGGUGGACUACCACUUUGAGGAGAUCCAGAAGCUUCGCUUUGCCAUGUUUGAUGAAGAUAAGUGUGCCACGCAGCUCUACGAACACGACUUCCUGGGAGAAUUCAUUUGUACGCUGGGAGUGAUUGUGUCCAAUAAGAAACUUCACAGACCAUUGAUCUUAGCCAAUGGGAAGCCAGCAGGCAAAGGAUCCAUUACGAUAACAGCUCAGGAGCUGUCUGACAACAGAAUCAUCACUUUGACCCUGAGUGGGCGUAAACUGGACAAGAAGGACUUCUUUGGGAAGUCGGACCCCUACCUGGAGUUUCACAAACAGGGAGAGGACGGUAAAUGGAUGCUGGUGCACAGGACAGAGGUCAUAAAGAACACUUUAGACCCAUCAUGGAAACCUUUUACUGUGCCUCUCAUUUCUCUCUGCAAUGGAGAUGUGGAACGGAACAUCAAGGUUCUGUGUUAUGACUACGAUAACGACGGAGGCCACGACUUCAUAGGAGAGUUUCAAACUACAGUUUCCAAGAUGAGUGAAGCCCAGAACUCAGUGGAGGUGGAGUUUGACUGCAUCAACCCCAAGAAACAGAAGAAGAAGAAGAAUUAUAAAAACUCUGGAAUUAUCAUUGUCAAGUCAUGUAAGAUUACAAGGGACUACACUUUUCUGGAUUACAUACUGGGAGGAUGCCAGCUCAUGUUUACUGUUGGCAUCGACUUCACAGCAUCCAAUGGGAACCCUCGAGAGCCGUCCUCCCUCCACUACAUCAACCCCCUGGGCAGCAAUGAGUAUCUCGCUGCCAUCUUAGCUGUGGGACAAAUCAUACAGGACUAUGACACCGACAAAAUGUUUCCUGCUCUGGGAUUUGGAGCCCAACUCCCACCAGACUGGAAGGUGUCACAUGAAUUUGCCAUCAACUUUAACCCCACCAACCCCUUCUGUUCAGGUGUGGAAGGUAUUGCCCAGGCCUACUCUGCUUGUCUCCCUCACAUUCGUUUCUACGGCCCAACGAACUUUGCUCCGAUCAUCAGCCACGUAGCACGUUUUGCCGCCCAGGCCCUGCAACAAGAGAAAGCAGCGCAGUACUUCACCCUCCUCAUUAUAACAGAUGGUGUCAUCAGCGAUAUGGACGAGACACGUCAUGCCAUUGUACAGGCGUCUAAGCUACCCAUGUCCAUCAUCAUCAUCGGUGUGGGAAAUGCAGACUUUGCUGCCAUGGAGUUCCUAGAUGGAGAUGGCAGUGUUUUGAGGUCCAACACAGGAGAGGAGGCUGUUCGGGACAUUGUGCAGUUCGUCCCUUUCAGGGAUUUCCGUAAUGCACCCAAGGAGACUCUCGCCAAGUCUGUCCUGGCCGAGCUGCCUCAGCAGGUCACCCAGUAUUUUAAACAGCGGAAUGUCCCGCCCAUCAACCCGGCACCGGAGUGAGGCGCCCCGAACACGAUCUGACGAGAGCCCACACGCUGUACAAUAGCUCAACAAAACCUCUCCUCUCGUUAACGGCAAACAAUACAGAAUGAAAGUGUGUGUAUCAGCUGUGAACAAAAAAUGAGUUGUGGACCAAAAAAAAAAAAACAAAAAAACAAAAAGAAACAUUGACGACAUCCCUGCCAUUAUAUUUGCAAAGUCUGUACUGGUUAAAGACAGUUUGGUCAGUAUCUUAAAGCUACAGAUCUGUGAUGAUAACCUGUAAAGGACCUUACAU